AAAACCCUAAUGACCUAAAAAUUGAAUAUAUUGAAUCAAACUCAAGCUCACCUAAACAAUCAACAUCGUAUAAUAAUAGCAUUACUGUUAUUGCCAACAGUUUAGAUGAAGUAAACCUGAUAAAAAAGCAUAUUGCAAAGUUAAAAUUACGCAAGAUAAAAGUAGUUUGUGGUCAUAAUUAUGAGUUAACUACUGGAACAAGAAACUUAAAAGCCUAUUUACACCAAGUUCAUAGAAUUUUACCACCUGAAGGAAAUAAUAAAAAUAUUCAAUUAACCAAUAUAGUUUCAAAUCAACCAUCAUUACAUGACUUUAUAAAUAAAAAAACACCCUUACCAUCUUCUAAACAAGAAAAAAUUAUAAAUCGCAUUUUAGCCUGGGUUGUAGAUGAUCUUUAA